AGCUGUUUAUAUAAGUGGAGAAACAAGUGUAAUUGAAAAAUUAAUUGCAACACAACAUUAGAGUUCAACAAGAUACGGAACAAGUUAGCUGUCUUUGCAUUUAUUGGCAUUUUUUCUAGUUUGCUUCGAGAAAUAUCACCAAAAUGACGUCUCUGCCAUAUCUGAUUUAUACGCUUUUUCAUACUUUACCCCUGCAUAGAUAUACUCCGAAGACUACGAAUCACUUCCGAAAUGAAUAUGACUACAUAAUAGUGGGUGCUGGUUCUGCUGGAUCUGUCGUAGCAAGUCGUUUGAGCGAAGAGAAAUGUGUCACAGUAUUGCUCCUGGAAGUUGGCAAUACACCUACCAUAUUGACAGAAAUACCUAUUUUGUCAUCUGAGUGGGUAGGCUCAAAUCUGGACUGGAAAUUCAAAUCAGUCCCUCAAAGGCAUUGUGCAUCGGCCCUUACAAACAGACAAAUUAUGAUUCCAAGUGGUAAAGCAAUAGGUGGAACAAGCGUUAUAAAUGAUAUGUUGAGUAUUCGAGGAAAUCGCCAUAACUAUGAUGAAUGGGCAGCUAUGGGUGCAAAGGGCUGGAGCUAUGAUGAAGUCUUACCAUAUUUCAAAAAACUGGAGGACUAUAGAAACAGGCACUCGGCGGAUGCUUAUUAUCAUGGGUUUAAAGGACCUAUUACUGUCUCAAAGCCUGGUUAUAAUUCGAAAUUGAAAAAAUUUCUGACUGAAGCUGUAGUGAGUGAAGGAUACCAGUUUGUCGAUCCGAACGGACGAAGGCAGCAUGGAUUUUAUGAUCCGGAAGGAACAAUACGAGAUGGACGACGUUGCAGUACUGCAAAAGCUUAUCUAGUUCCGAGCGACAACCGAACCAAUCUGGAUAUUGUACCUAAAGCAAUGGUGACCAAAAUUGAUAUCCAAAACAAGCAAGCUGUUGGGGUCUACUUUCAAUACAAGGGAUCUAAGCACUAUGUCAAAGCAAGAAAAGAAAUCAUAGUAUCAGCUGGAGCAUAUAAUACACCGAAAUUACUCAUGUUAUCUGGAAUAGGUCCCAAGACUGAACUGGAUAGAUUUAAUAUUCCCCUUAUAUCGAAUCUUCCAGUAGGUCAUAAUCUGCAAGACCAUAUAGGAGGAUUUAUGCUCUUUGAGUUAAACAAUGAAAUUCCAACUUUGUUGUCUCAGAUUAUAAAUAAAGAUAGCAUAGAACAAUAUGUCAUUUACAGAACAGGUAUAUGGAGCUCUUUUCAUGCAUUAGAACUCCUUGCUUUUCUUCACUCCAAUAAAAACGCGGAAGCCAAUGAUUAUGUUAACCAAGAGAUAUACUUCGGAAAUGUGCCAGGUAUAUUUGCACUUCAACGGGGUGCCACACAAGAGGCUUUCUUCUCAGUAUUCGCUCCUUAUUUGAAUAAAACUCUUAUGCUGUGCAUGCCUCAACUUGUUGACCCAAAAAGUAGGGGAUAUGUUCGUUUAGUCAGUACAAAUCCAGCUGAUCUUCCUGAAAUAAAUCCCAACUAUUUUGAAAAUCCAGAAGAUUCUAAAGUAGUCGUUGAAGGUUUCCGUACUUGUAUGAAAAUAACGAAAAAUGCCGCCUUUGCAAAACUUCAACCAAAAUUGGUGAAUCCCAAUUACCCAUCGUGUCAGAAAUAUUCACAUGACACGGAUAAGUAUUAUGACUGCGCUGCCAGAGCAUUUCCUAUUGCAUCGAGUCAUCACGUUGGAACAGCAAAAAUGGGGGACCCAAAUGACGAGUCUACAGUUCUUGAUUAUAAACUGAGAGUGAAAACUGUAAAAGGGCUGAGAGUUGUUGAUGCUUCAGUAAUGCCUACGAUACCCUGGGGUAACACGAAUAUUCCCACGAUAAUGAUUGCAGAGAAAGCAUCGGAUAUGAUAAGGAAAACUAUAAAAUGCAGUGCAUGAAAA